AUGCAACUAUCGCGAACAGCCUAUCGCGCCGCCCUCCUCCAUCUCAGCGUGAACCCACUCCCCGCCCGCGCAAUCCAACCCACCUGGUCUUCAAACAGCAUAAUCCACCACCAACCGCAAACCCCAACCUCCCGCCUCUCCCCAAUCCUCUUCCCUGUGUGCGCACCACUCCCCAAGACGGCCGAGUCAAUGCGACACUCGCACACAAUGUCCAGCUCAAACCCCGACUCCAGCAACCCCAAGCAAGAGACCAACGAGCCUCAGCCCGAGCAAACACAACCGUCUCAAGAACAACUCUACCUCCCCGAAACAUCUGACGCUAGCGACGGCCAGCCAAAGAAACUCGAGGUUGGAGCGGACGGCGUGGCGCUUGAUCACCUCGGUCCGAUGGUUGUGAAUGUCGACGGGACAUUGUCCCGGAUUGGCAAUUGGGAGCAGAUGAGUGAGAUUGAGAAGAAGAAUACGCUGCGGAUUAUUGGAAGGCGGAAUAAGCAACGACUGGAGGCUUUGAAGACUCAGGGUGUGGAGUGA